AUGGCCACCGGAGUCGAAGCUCUUCUCCGGUGUGUGUUCGAAGGUUGCAUCGCCUUCUCUGAUGCCGAUAUAGAAAGGCGGCCGUAUCACCGGAAUUGUGGUUGUGCUUUGCAUGGCAAGCUGUGUUCCGGCAAGGUUUUGAAAGAGGCUUAUGGUCUCCUUCAUGGUUGUAGAGUGGCUCGGGGAGCCUCAAGUGUAACCAACCUCUUAUUCGCCAAUGAUUGCUACCUCUUUUUCAAUGCUAUGGAUAACAAAACAGAUUGCAUCCUUCAUGUUCUCCAUCAGUAUGCACAGGCUUCCAGGCAAUCAAUCAAUAUGAGAAAAUCUACAUUUAUGUUCAGUGCAAAUGUUAAUGUGGCAAUAAGAAACUCUUUAGCCAACAAGUUGAGUGUAUCUCAAGUGGAAUCUCAAGAUCAUUACCUGGGACUACCUUCUUUUAUUGGGAAAAAUAAGAAGAUGGUCUUUUCUUUUAUUAGGGACAAGAUUGGGAGAUGGCUUCAAGGAUGGAAUAAGAAAAUUCUAUCUCAAGCAGGGAAAGAGAUAUUACUCAAAACAGUAGCACAAGCAAUCCCUGCAUAUGUUAUGAGUGUUUAUUUUAUUCCUCUUAACUUGUGUGAUGCUUUGGAGAAGAUGAUGAAUUCCUUUUGGUGGGGUUCAAAGAGUAAUGAUAAUGGUGGAAUUAAUUGGAUGCAAUGGAGCCCUUUAUGUGUCCGUCGAGAUUGUGGUGGGCUAGGUUUUAGGCGAUUGAGGGAUUUUAAUUUAGCUAUGCUUGGGCAGCAAGGUUGGAGGUUCUUACCUGUUUCAAACUCUCUAACAUCUAGAGUUUUCAAAGCUCACUAUUUCCCUUAUGGAUCUUUCUUGAUGCAGAUCUUGGGAAUAACCCUAGCUUCGUUUGACGAAGCAUUUUUGCUACGAAAGACUUACUAA